AUGACACAGCCGCCUUCUUCUGCCAGCAUAUCGUUGCCAGAUUCCACCACUGCUCAAUCCACCACUGCCAUCGUACCAGGGGGUAUUACCACGGCAUCUCCUACCACGAAAACCAGUGUUAUUAUAGGUUGCGUCUUCGGAGGAAUAGGUGCUAUAUUCUUCGUCGUGCUCCUGUUCGCGUGCUGUUACAAGAAGUAUCGGGCCCGGGGGAGAGGUAGAGGAUCGAAGAGGUGUGAUGUACGCUCAGCUUUCGAGAAAAGUGUUGGUCCUAGCCUGGAUACUACGAAUAGCACCGAAGAUAAGCAUGCGGUUCGAAGUCAGCAUAUGCUCCCGUAUACCACCAAAGACGACCAGUUCCCAAAUUCCGACAACAAAACUGCAGAUAGGAGAGACGGAUCUUCGUAUCAGCCAGACGGAAACAGGAGGGAGAGGAUGAAUAUCUCUGCCAGCGGAUCGGUGGCGACAAAGACUUCCAAUUCGAUCGGCUUCCCUCAUGGAAGUGCAGGGAGGGCGGAGAGCAUCCCAUCUCCGAUAAUGGACGUUCGAGAAGGUGCAAAGAUGAGGGUCUCAGAGGUUGUUGAGGCGAAUGUGUCAAUCCCUGUUACCAAUGAACCGGAUUCGGGAGAGCUGGUUGAGUCGAGUACUACAGAAGAUACAGCUGACCUGAGAAAGUCGGUGGAUGGUCUAUUCCCAACGGUUUACAACCACUUCUUACCUAACGAGAAGGAUCGAGAAUGGGCCAAAUCAGGUGUUUCUGAAACUUCCAAUCAUGCAUACGAGGCAAAACCCGGCGGUAUGGGUAGUAGCUCGUGUGAGGCAGAGAUGCCUGAGGAGUCUGGGGAUGUUCUAUCCCCAACAAUCCUGGAGCAGAACACUCGAGAAGGCUCAGAGUCAGGUACCCUUGAGAUCGUUCAAGAUACUCAAGAUGCCCACGAACCAGAAGUCGAGGAGAAUUGUUAUGGGAACUUGUAUAGCAGUUCUGGUAUGGAACCGACCGCCGACGAGUCUGCUGAAGAUGGUCAAUGUCCUGCAGAGCAGCCUCCGACUCUGCCAGAAAAGGAGGGUGAAGAAUCGAGCAUUUCGGAGUUUUUUGAUGCACGCGAAUCGAUGCCUGCUACGAACGAGAAUGAUUGGAGCGAGUCCAUCGUAGCAAGUCCGGUACCGGCAGCUGAAGAGACUGGGUAUGGGGCUGUCAUUAGUAUCGGUGAGCACCUGGAGAACCCUUACUCGUGGCGUUAUGACCUUCAAGCUUCCAUUUGA